AGCUGACACCAUGAACCAGCUGAUCCUUUGCACGCUGCUUCUCUUGGCCCCUGGGGAGCUGGCUGGGGCGUGUCCCAUGGGCUGCCAGUGCCAAGACCCCAGGACCAUCCUGUGCGCGGCCAGACGGGGCCACACCGUGCCCCGGGGGCUGCCCCCCAACACCCUCUCCCUCUACGUCUUUGAGAACGGCAUCACAAUGCUCAGCGAGGACAGCUUUGCAGGCCUGCCCGCCCUCCAGCUCCUGGACCUCUCACAAAACAAGAUCACCAGCAUCCAGAAAAACAUCUUCCAGCCCCUGACGGAGCUCGUCAACUUGGACCUGUCCUCCAACCAGCUGCAGGAGAUCACCAACGAGACCUUCCACGG